CGUGGUUCCGGCGAAGGUCGGCGCCCAGCUCCGCGCGCAGAGCCAUGAGCGAGCUGCCGGCAGACGUGCGCGCCUUUCUGCGCGAGCACCCGAGCCUGCGGCUGGAGCCCGGCGCCUGCAAGGUGCGGUGCGCUCUGACUGGGCACGAGCUGCCUUGUCGCCUGCCCGAGCUCCAGGUCUACACCCGCGGCAAGAAGUACCGGCGGCUGGUCCGCGCCUCCCCGGCCUUCGACUACACCGAGUUCGAGCCGCACAUCGUACCCAGCACCAAGAACCCGCACCAGCUGUUCUGCAAACUCACCCUGAGACACAUCAACAAGUGCCCGGAGCACGUGCUGAGGCACACCCAGGGCCGGCGGUACCAGAGGGCGCUGCGCAAGUAUGAGGAGUGUCAGGAGCAGGGCGUGGAGUUCGUGCCGGCCUGCCUCCUGCACAAGAGGAGGAGGAGGGAAGACCAGGACGGUGAUGGGCCGCCACAUCCUAGAGAAGCCUUCUGGGAACCCCCGUCCAGCGAUGAUGGCGCCGCCCCGAGCGACAGUGAUGAUAGCAUGACAGACCUGUACCCGCCUGAGCUGUUCACCAAGAAGGACCCGGAAGCGACUGGGCCUGGGGACAGCACUGACGACUUUCUGACCGAGGACGAGGACGAGAAGCCAAGAUGUCCCCAAGAGCCGGGCCCUGAAGACGGCAGGGCCCUGGGAGCGGGCCAGGAGCGUGUCCUCAAGCGCAGGAAGAAGCGAUCCAGCUCCUUGAAAAAGAAGUUCAAAAGUCACCACCGCAAACCUAAGAGCUUCAGCUCUUUUAAACAGUCAGGUUGAUGAAAGGUCGCUGGGGAAAACACAUCUUGAGAGAAUUCUGAAAGUCCUCGGAAGCUGCCCGCCAGGGUCCCCACUGGUCCAGUUCCCAAGACCUGCUCCACGCACUCCUCGUUUGCUGCCGCUGCCUGCACGGCUGGGGUCUGACCCCACACCCAGGGAGCGGCAGGGACCCCGAAGGAAGACCUCCGACUGGACGCGGUCUCCGGCGACGCCUGGAGGGGGCACCCAGGGAGGGCCCUGGCCAAGCCCCACCUGGCUGGAGGACACCAGAGGACCACACUGCAUACAACAAAUGCCAUUAUUUAUUUGGACGUGUCUCCAAAAAUCAAAAUGUUUUCAAACACAACUAAGAUAUAAAAUACAGCAUGAGAUUUAUACCUAUUUCCCACAGAGAGCAAAAAAAAGUGUGUUUCAGAAAUUCUUUUUGCUAAAACCAACUUAGUAGGUCCUUUUUCCUCUUCUUACAUAAGCAUCCACCCCUGCCCUGAGCACUAGCCCACUCAGGGACAGGGGAAGUGGGCUGGGGACCACCAUAGAGGCAGUCUCAGUUUUUGCAAACUAAAAACUGUACCCCGCCAGAAACAAUGCCACAGGCAGCUGUGGCCUAGCCAAGCGGGCUGUCCCUGGGGCCGGGAGGCUGGGUUAACUGGGUGGGCAUGUGCUGAAAGAGCACCCUGCCCAGACUGAGACAGAGUCAGAACCCCCUUCAUGUGGGAGCACCCCAGGGACGGAAGUAGAAAGUCCUCCAUCCUUAUAAAUAUGCGGGGAGUAGGGAAGUGGGCUCCUGGGGGUGGUGUAUAAGGAGCCUCUGAAGUGGGGGGCUCGGGGUGGGGGGGGGGGGAACACGGGUGGUGCUGGAAAGGUGGCGAUGGCUCCCCUUGGGUUAGCUGGGUCCAGACUGUAGGGAAGGUUCUAGCAGCUCUAGUGGGUAAGAGCCAGCCUCCCCCUGUCCUGUGAAGCUGGCCAGGGGCUCAAGUGGGUCGGGGUGGGGGGGUUGCUCCCCUCACCCUGGCUCGACACAAAGGUCCGUGUGGAUCCGGGUUCAGGACUGGCCCCGGGGAAGGCCCUUGGAUCAGGCUCGCACCCCCAGCAGAUGAAUCCAGAGAAGAUGGGGCCCGCUCCAAGGCAAGGCUUGUGAGACCUUGGAAGGCCUGGCCCCCAGGAGGAUACGGGGGCUGCCGUCACCUCGUGGCCUCUGCUACCAGGUGGAGGAGCGAAGAACAGUGAGAAGACCUCACAGCCCCACCCCCAAGAAGAGAAACACAGUAUAAGGCAAUGUUAGAAAACUUUAAAUACAGGAUCAAGAUCCAAUCGGUAAGGCAUCACAAAUCGUAAAAAGUAACUGGGGCUGCAUUCAGCAUAGCAAAUAGACAAUCUGAGCAAGCAGCGGCCUCGUGAGGGCAGGGAGCAAGCGGGCCGGGGGCACCGGGCAGUGGGGCGCCGGCCGCAGCUCUGGGACAGGUCGGCCUGAGGUAACUGGUCUGAGCGCCCGCUCCGGCCCAGCCCUGCCCACAGUGGCGGCUGCUCCCCAUCUGGGCACUGAUGAGGCCCACACGUGCUGCCAGGCCUGGGCUCCGGCCCCUGCGGGCUCCGGGUGGCCUUUGAGGGCCUUGUCCCCGCCAUGAGCCCCUCGCACUCCCAGGCAUCACCCUGUGGAAACUGCACCGACCCCGGCUGCUUCUCUGAGGAAUGCCCUGGCCGUAAACCGCAGCUUCAGCCCCUGCUCUAAUACUGCCGUAUUCUUGGGGUCUGGGGUUUCUCUAAACGCUCUCACUGGCCCUAUAACAGGAUCACAGCGCAGGGCGGAGCCCACGGGGAAGGCACUGGUGCCGGCCUAAACCAGUGUGUUGAUGUUGGGCUGGGCCACCCCGAAUCAUUGAGUAGUUUUAGCUAAAAAGGUAAACUUCAAAAAAAAAAAAAAA